AUGUCAAGAGCUGGUGGCAGUGAGCCAAUGGUGGCCCCAGUCCCCCUAAGCGAAGACAUCACGCCAUGGCCGGAUCUGGAGUGCCUUCGCACUGAAAUCCAGCAGAAGGAGGGUGAGCUCCUUGCCCUGAAGCGCCGUUUGCAGGCCAUCACACGGCCAAACUCCCCAGCCCAUGUGGAGCGAGGACCUUCGCAAGACGACCUCAACAAGACACUGUCGAUAAUCAUACCCAUGGGAGGCCUUGGCACCGAAUUUGCUGAGGCCGGCUUUCGCAUGCCAAAACCAUUGGUAAAUAUUGUAGGGCGACCGGUGUUGCUCUGGGUAUUGGACCAUCUGAGCCUUCGUCCUAGUGAUUCCGUUUUCCUGGCCGUUCCAGCUGCGAUUACCCGGCAGUUCGACCUGGAGCGAAUUGUGCAACGCCAUCUUCCGCAUAUUGAUCUCAGAAUUGUAGUCAUACCUUUUGAAACACGUGGCUGGUUGGAGACUGUUUUAUCCGUCACCAGACAGAUGUCUGCCAAAGAGAGCAGGAACUGCCUGGUCACUCUUGAUUGUUCUACCAUAUAUCAUGGUGUCGAUAUCCUGCAUCUAUGCCGGGCUCAUUCAGCUGGACAUGCCUCAGUGUAUUUCGAUUUGGAUAGAGCACCCGUUUCUGGGACGAGUGUCCAGCGUGCGACAUUCUCUUACAUCAAGCUCUCGGAGAGUGGAAAGAUACUAGAGGUGAAGGAGAAGUCCGUCAUCUCUUCGCAGGCAAAUUGCGGCACAUACAUCUUUGGCUGUGCCUCUGAUUUUCGAUCAGCAGCUGAGGCUUUACUGGAGCAUCCUGAAGAGGCGGCCAAGGGUGGUCUCUAUGCCUCAAGUCUCAUGUCCUGGAUGAUUGGGCACGGCAUGGAGUUUCGAGGAAUUCCGGUUCUCUACAACGAUGUCGCGAUCGUGUCCACCCUCGCGCAGCUGCAGGCCUUUAUAGGCAAGGUCUCUUCUGGCCAAGUUCCGAUGGCCAAGAAGAUGCGUUUCUGUUUCGACCUUGACGGGACGCUUGUUUCUCCUUCCCCGGACAAAACCAUGCCAUGUCAGUUGCUGGGAUCGGCAGUAGAUUUGUUGCGCCAGCUUCACGCAGCCGGGCAUACCAUCAUCAUCACCACUUCGCGAGGAAUGCCGUUUGGUGGUGGUGUUGAUCGUGCGGUUGCAGAACAGGGGUAUGAGACCUUCAAAUUGCUGGAGGAGUUUGCCAUACCAUACGACGAGCUGCACUUUGGCAAGCCCCAUGCAGAUGUAUAUGUUGAUGCACAUGCCAUCAACUCGCAAGGGGACCUCAAUCGAGACCUUGGCUGGUAUCUUGUUUCCAGUGGACGACAGGGUGCGCGAGGUGCACAAGGUGCUCUGGAUGGCGCCAUUGAUGCGCGGUCCUUCAACAUGGUGCGAUCUGCAGGCAAAUCACACGUGAUCAAGUCUUCGAAGGUUGACGUCCUGAAAGGCGAAUGCCACUGGUACAGAUCGAUUCCUUCAAGCCUUGCAUCCUAUUUUCCAGAGUUGAUCGAAAUCGAAGAAGGCGAUGCUUCCUGCAGUGAUGCUGUUUCGAGCAUCACCAUGACAAAAGUUCCUGGGGUUACUUUCUCCCAUCUCGUUACGGCACGUUUGCUUUUGCCAGAGUGGAUGCGGCGACUGGUGAGGGCUCUGCAUGCCAUCCACACGCAGCUGCCAGAAGAGGGCUCGGCAGUGUCCCAGGAGAGGAAGGCUGGCAAUGUGGAGCUUUGUGCCAACUACGGUUCCAAGGUGAAGAGAAGAGCCAUGGAAAACAUCAGCUUGUAUGAUUCCCUGGCAGAUGAGUUGGGCAUAAAUGUUCGUACCAUGGCGGAUGUUUUGGUUGGAUUUUUGGAGGAGUUUGAGGCGUCAGAAAAAGCACAGCAUGCAUUCUACAUUCACGGCGAUCCAGUUUUCUCCAACAUACUGCGCACCAGUGAUGACAAAAUUGUAAUGAUCGAUAUGCGCGGGCAGCUGGGAAAAUGGACAACAACGCAGGGCGACAUACACUACGACUUGAGCAAGGUGUUUCAGAGCUUGUGUGGCUACGACUUCAUGUUGCUGGACCAAGCUCUCGAUGAAUCUGCUUCUGAGACGUUCGAUGCGUUGAGGGCUGCAUAUUGGGAAGAGGUCAGACAAAGAUACCCGGAUGUUUCACAUCGGCACGUUCGGCUUCUCACCGCAGCGCACUUUUUCACAAUAGUGCCCCUGCACGAAGUGCGGUCCAGAAUGGCGCGAUAUUUGCGAACGGCUCAUUCAAUGCUGCAUGUGGAGGGCCUGCUGUAG